ACUCACUAUAGUCAACAAAGUAUCCGAACUGCAAAUUGCUGAUUUACCGAUUGAUAGUUUAUAUAACCAUGUUUGCAAUUUAGGUGCAGCUGUGUAAAAUGUAAACCCAUUUAGAUUUCUAAAAAUGAACAAUGGAAAGAAUAUUGGACAGUUAAUUAAAGCAUCUAAUUUUGCUGCUAUUAAACAUAAAUCUCAGAAGAGAAAAGAUGUGGAGGGAACGCCUUACAUUAAUCAUCCAAUAGGAGUGGCUAAUAUUUUAGUUGAAGAAGGGGAAAUAUAUGACAUCGAUGUAUUGCAGGCAGCAUUACUUCAUGAUACAGUUGAAGAUACUGACACUACCUUUGAGGAAAUUGAACAACAAUUUGGUGUCAAAAUUCGCAACAUUGUUGCUGAAGUAACUGAUGACAAAACACUAUCCAAAGAAACAAGAAAACAACUUCAAAUUGAACAUGCUGCAACAAUUUCUCAUGAAGCUAAAUUAGUGAAACUUGCUGACAAAUUAUACAACUUAAGAGAUUUAUUACGCUCAACUCCUGUUGGUUGGACUGAAGAAAGAGUGCAAGGUUAUUUUGUAUGGGCAUCUCAAGUGAUACAAAAUUUAGCUGGCACAAACGAUAAACUCGAAUUAAAAUUAAAAAAACUAUUUGAAAGCAGAGGUAUCAAUUUUAAAUGAUUAAAUGACUUUAUAAUUUUACUUCUUUGUAUCAGCUGAUCAGCUCAAAAUUAACUAAAAAACCAUAUUUUUUCAAUUUUUCCUUUUUUUUUCUAUUCAAAAAAGCUUCAAAAUGAAAGAUGCAAAAUUAAGAAGCAUGUUUGAUACUGUUUAUUGGUAUUAUGAACAAAUACCAAUAUACAGUAUAUUAAAAGUUGGCAUCUUUUUAUUUAUUUUAAACUUUCACUGGUUCCUGAACAAAGAAAUGAGAUCAAAUACAAUCCUUACUUCCAAACCCUAAAAGUUAAAGUGACUUCCAGAAAGUGCCAUUUUUAUUCAAUUCUCCAAAUUUUAAGUUACAUUUUUUAUGCAUAAAUGUUUAUCUUGCUCCUUUUUUUUGUAUAUUAUUCAUUAACUUGAAUAACAAUAAAUAUUUUGUAAUAU